CGGAUAACGUUUCGGAGUAGGAACUCUGCUUUAAGUGUCAAAAUUGUGUGUUUUUGGUUACAUCCCCAAAGGAAAAUGCGUAGAGCCAGUCCGAGACGCUACGGGGUGGCAUUGAGGCCCAUUGGCCUCCACCAUCUGCAUCACUUUCCAUCGCCCGUGCCACAGCCUCAGCAGAGUUGUCUGAAUCGACGACAGGCGGAGCAGGGUCAGCGGAACAACCAGUCCAUGGCGCCACUGCCCAACAGACAGGUUCAGUUUCCAGCCAACAACCAAGAGACGGCCAUCGAGGAGAAUGAGCCUCGAAAAGUGGAAAAGUUUAUGCGGCGCUGCUACAUGACGGCUGGAAUGUUUGUGUUUGUCGCAUCCUUUCACUUGAUGCUCAUCGCGGAGACCCUCAAGCCGAAUGUGAACUAUGUGCUGGCCGGAUUCCUGUGCCUGCUGGUGGCCUUCUUGACGCUCUUUGUGCUCAGCUUUUGCGUGCGGCUGCGCAGGAGCCAUUGGUUCAGCUGGAUUGUGGCCUGGCUCUUUGUGGAGCUCUCCGCCAUGGGUGUGGGCCUGGUGCUGGUGGAGCGCACCCUGAAGACCGUGUGCCUGGCGUGGAUUGUUUGCCUCACAGUGCUCUUUUUUUGCUACUCGCUGGGCACCUGGCUGCCCAUGUGCCUGCUGCCCGGGGAGAUCACAAUGUGCAUAUCCCUCAUACUCUUCACGGUGUCGUGUGUCAUUGUGAUAUCGCUGUACAUGGCCACCGAUGAUCCUCUAUAUCACACCAUAUACUUUUCGUUGCUGUGUGCCGUGCUAGUGCCCGGCAGCAUCUAUCAUGCAGAGAUCGUGCAUGGCAGACGCUUCAAUCUGCCGUCACACGAGUUUGUCUACUGUGCCACUACGGUUUAUGUGCACGCCCUAAUGUUUUUUGUGUCCAUUUAUUAUCUGAUGUGGAUACACGAGAACUGAUGCGGAAAUAAAC